AUGACGUUGAAGUUGGAGCUUUUGUCCAAUCAGGAGCUUCGCCUGCCAUACACGGUGAUCAUCUGCUCCCUCACGGCCACAAUGUACUAUCUGUGGGGCCGCGAGUGUCAGCUUCAGACACCAGUCACCUACUGUGCUGCCAAUACUUCAGAUCUUGAGUGUGUGGUGCAGCAUGUCAAAGGGCUCUACCCCAGUGCUCCUGUGCUUGGGGCUGGUGUGUCUUUGGGAGGCAUGGUGUUGUUAAACUACCUGGCCCGUAAGCACACCGAGUCAGGAUUGGUUGCCGGCAUCACCAUCUCCGUACCCUGGGAUGCACGUAAGUCCUCCGACUCGAUGGAGGAACCACUCAACUGGCUGCUCUUCAACAGGCACAUCACGAGAUGCUUGCACCGCGCUGUCACCAGGCACAGGAAGAUUUUAGAGAAAGUGGUGGAUGUUGACUAUGUCCUGAAGGCUCGGUCAAUCCGUGAGUUUGACGAACGCUAUACGUCUCUGAUGUUUGGUUAUAGCUCAUGUAUGGAUUAUUACCGCGAUGCCAGCCCAGGCAAAAAGCUCCCCAAUACAGCCGUACCCAUCCUGUGUCUCAAUGCCGCUGAUGACCCUUUCUCUCCACAAACUGCCUUCCCGGUGUCCGUAGUUCAGGAUCUUCCUAACGUCGCCCUGGUAUUGACGGCCCAUGGGGGACACAUUGCCUUCUUGCAGGGUUUUUUUCCUCUAGGCGAGAGCUAUAUGGAGCGCUUGUUUGGCCAGUUUGUGCACGCAGUCUUUGAACACCGGGAGGAAAUGAAGCAAGCCUGUGGUAUCAGAGAGGAGCAAAUGAAGGACUAACGAGCAAUAUGAAGGGACUUACACUGAAGUAAUACAACAUUUGCAGCUGCAACUCUGCUCAUCUACCUCAUGACCUCAGGUUCAUGUUCAAGUCAUGUAGAAAUAAAAAAAUGACAGUGAAGUAAAAUCAGUAAAGCUAUUUUGAAGUAUUUAAUACAUUUUAGUCAAUUUGAAAAUAUUGCUGAUCAAUUGAUUGCUACCUACUUUCAGUCACAAAGGCCGUCCGUGCACCGCACACCUGUAGUAUGUAGACUGCACUGUAGAGUUCAAGUGCUCUGCUUGUUGCUAUUUAAAAAAAGUGAAGAGUUGGUUAUUAAAAUUAAAAACAGCAUUAUUGUUGUUUUCUUCUUGCUAAUUAUGUUUUUAUUCCCUUUUGCAUCAAAUGCUUAUUUAGUUUUGAGCCUUCAAGAAGUGUUUUCCUCGGGGUUUGGGGCAUGCCUUAAAGGAUGAAACUUUCCUGUGUUUAUACCCUGCAUGCUGUACAGUAAACGACACCAGUGGUAAAUGAGCCGACACUGGGUAAAGACCAUUAACGCCCUGUGUGGUGCUUCAGUAUCUGCUGCUAUAAAGUGUAAUUAAGUAUCGUAAGCAUCACACAAGGACCAGAUCAGCAUGUACAUGUACUGAAUGUAUUUUUAUUAUCAGUAGACAGUACAUCAGCUUUGUUUUUGUAUUACCAACAGUGCACUGAUUAAUAUGUAGCUUUACUGUGCUAGGUGGUAUUAGUGUAGGAUUCAUGCCAUUUUUAAAUGAAGCCACUGCUGGCUAUAAAAUGAAGUGUUUUCAGUCAUCGGCAUGAAGAAAAUAGGUGAUAAUGGUGCUAAUUGGUGGCUUUUAAUUGUCAGCGUGAGGGUGGACGAGAAUUUAAUUUUGCUUUUUCAGAAGUAAAAGAGGCUUUUCAUGAAUGUCACGAAUCCAUCAGCUAUUUGCAUGUUUACCACAUUCACCUGCCUUUUAAUAUCUUUUUUUUUUAAAACUCACGCCUUAUUUAUAAACUUUAUGUAUGGGCUGUAAAGACAAUCACGGUGUUAUUGCAAUAUCAUGUAAUGGUGCAAUAUUUGGGCAUUGUAUGUUCGAUGGUGUAUCUUGUAAUUACACUACAAUUAAAGGGUGAUAAAGAUCGA